CCCAGCAACCUGGUACUUUAUUCGAGCUAACUGAAGGUUUAAUGCCCUCCGAGCUUAAUUUAAUUAAUUUUUAUUAUUUGUUUGGUUUACACGGUCGUUUCGCUACAUAAUUUCACAGCUAUUUGUAGCAAAAUGAGUCAAGUAGUGUUGCUUAAAAGCUUGCCUCGCAUUCUUGUGUUUUGAUCCCAACAGCCAGACUUUCAUGACUUUACUCUUUUUUUUUCUUCAGGUAACUUUCAGGUCCUGUUAAUCUGUCCCGAAAUCGUUUUUAAAAGAUCUCAUACUUUUUCUGUGUUAGCGUAAACUGCUCAGCAAUAAGAAAAUACUGAACAGAAACCAUUAAGUCCCAAAAAUAAUCUCUAACAGACAUUUUUAAAAGUUGUGGGACAGUAUGAAAGAACUAGAGGAAUUUCCUUGACAAUCUGUUGAUGCUAACCCUCUACACACUGACUAGUUGUCUCCCAGCUGCAGCCAUGGCCAUCAACAGCUACUGUGAGGUGAACACCCCCAUCUCUCACACCUGGCUGGAUGGAGGCAUCUCCCCCUGCUUCUACUUCACCCUGGUCCCCACCGUCCUCCUCAGCAUUGCCUUCCUCCUUGGCACCAUUCACUACAUAUUCUACCAGAAAUAUGGCACGGCAAUGGAGCCCAAAUUCAUCCCUCGCUCCUGCCUCUAUGGAUUCCAGCUGGUCCUCUCCGUCCUCCUGCUGCUUCUGUCCAUCGGUGGGAUGGUGUGGCAGGCUGCUAGUGCCUCAGAGCUCCCAGGAUAUGUGGUGUUGUACGGGUGCUUUUCCACAUUUGCCUGGGCCUGGGCUGUGGUCCUGCUGAGGGUGGAGAGGCGGAGGGUCCUGGUGAUGGACCGGACAACGGGACACAGCACCGUCCUGCUGGUCUUCUGGGCCCUGGCUUUCUCAUCUGAGAAUCUAGCCUUCAUCUCUUGGUUCAGUCCUCACUGGUGGUGGGGACUGGAGAACAACCAGCAGCAGGUCCAGUUUGCCCUGUGGCUGAUGCGUUACAUCAGCACCGGGCUUCUCUUCUUCAUCGGCCUCAACGCGCCUGGCUUGCCUCGGAAACCUUACAUGCUCCUGAUCAACGAAGACGAGCGGGACGUGGAAAACAACUUGUUGGGGAGAACGGAGGAGAACCAGUCCACCUGGCAGGGGUUCAGGAAGAAGGUCCGCCUGCUCGUUCCCUACAUGUGGCCACGUGGGAACAUCGUUCUCCAGCUUCUGGUGCUCUUCUGUUUGGGACUGCUGGGAGCGGAGAGGGCUAUUAAUGUCUUUGUGCCCAUCUACUACAAAAACAUUGUGAAUGAGCUCACCAGCGGCAGCAGCUGGCCCACUGUGUGCUCUACUGUGGUUGUGUAUGUGGUGCUCAAGUUCCUGCAGGGUGGGGGUGCAGGUUCCUCAGGGUUUGUCAGCAACGUGCGCACUUUUAUGUGGAUCAAGGUGCAGCAGUUCACCAAUAGGGUCGUUCAGGUUCGCUUGUUCGCCCAUCUUCACGCUCUCUCUCUACGCUGGCAUCUCAGCCGCAAAACCGGGGAAGUGCUGAGAAGCAUCGACCGCGGCACCUCUUCCAUCAACAGCCUCCUCAGCUACAUAGUGUUCAGCAUCUUUCCAACCAUUGCUGAUAUCGUCAUCUCCAUCAUCUUCUUCAUCACUAAUUUCAACGCCUGGUUCGGCCUGAUCAUCUUCGUCUGCAUGACUUUGUAUCUGACUCUUACCGUCAUCAUCACCGAGUGGAGGACCAAGUACAGACGGGCCAUGAACGAGCAGGACAACGCCGCCAAGGCCAAGGCUGUGGACUCCUUGUUAAACUUUGAGACGGUAAAAUACUACAAUGCAGAGAACUACGAGGUGAGGCGCUUUGAGCAGGCCAUUCAGACGUAUCAGGGUUCAGAGUGGCAGGCUCAGGCGUCCCUGGCCCUCCUCAACCAGACCCAGAACCUGAUCAUCGGACUGGGCCUGCUAACCGGCUCCCUGCUCUGCGCCUACUUUGUCACGGAGAGAAAGCUCCUGGUGGGAGAUUUUGUUCUGUUUGGCACCUACAUCAUCCAGCUGUACACCCCCCUCAACUGGUUUGGAACCUAUUACAGAAUGAUCCAGAAUUCUUUCAUUGACAUGGAGAACAUGUUUAAACUGUUUGAGGAGGAGGAAGAGGUGAAGGAUGAAGUCAAUGCUGGGAAUUUGCUGUUCAAGCUGGGAAAGGUGGAGUUUGAAAAUGUUUACUUCAGCUACCUGAGCGGCAAAGAGAUUCUUCGAGACGUCUCCUUCACCGUUCUUCCCGGACAGACGGUGGCUCUGGUCGGACCGUCGGGAUCAGGAAAAAGCACCAUCGUCCGCCUGCUUUUCCGCUUUUAUGACGUCCACGGAGGCUGCGUUCGCAUCGAUGGCCAGGAUAUCUCAAAGGUGAAGCAGAAGUCUCUGCGUUCCCACAUCGGCGUGGUUCCCCAGGAUACCGUGCUUUUUAAUGACACCAUCAGGGAAAACAUUCGCUACGGUCGCAUCACCGCCUCCGACCAGGAAGUGGAAGAGGCUGCUGCGGCUGCAGACAUACACGAUAAAAUCAUGACCUUCCCUGAUGGUUACGACACACAGGUGGGGGAAAGAGGUCUGAAGCUGAGUGGAGGAGAGAAGCAGCGGGUCGCCAUAGCCAGAACCAUCCUCAAAGCUCCCCAGAUCGUGCUGCUGGAUGAGGCAACGUCUGCUUUGGACACCCAGACGGAACGCAACAUACAGGCCUCUCUGGAUAAAGUCUGCACCAAUCGUACUACUGUCGUUGUGGCGCACAGAUUGUCGACCAUCAUCGGAGCAGACCAGAUUCUGGUCGUCAGUGACGGUCGGAUCGCUGAGCGAGGACGACACGAGGAGCUGCUCCUAAAAGGAGGCCUCUAUGCUGACAUGUGGCUAAGGCAACAGCAGGCCCAUGACUCCGAUUCCUCCUCAGACACGGAAACCAAAGAUCGUAAAUCUGAGAAACUCCAACCGCCUUCAGCCUCUUUGGCCCACCACAAACACUGAUCGUAUCUGUGGUCUUGACAAAGCUACAUUAUUUUCUCUUUAAGUUGAUGCUUUAUUUAUAAAGAACACUUGGAUUGACAAGAAUAUUAUUUAUUCCUGGAGUUUUUGUGCAAUAUCAGAUUUCUUGUCCAGUCACAACUUGCAUUAUAUGCAUCAGUAAAUUAAAGGGUCAGGUAAAAGGAACGUCAUUGGAAAUUAUUCUCAUCUAAAUAGUGAUGCUAAACUAAAUUCUCACUAGAAGCACUUCUGUUUGACUUUUUAUUGUUUUCAUUUACUUUAUGAUGUCAUAUUAUGUUCUUUUUUUUAUUGUGGUGCUUGAAACAAUCUAACCCAAGAACAAACCGAAAAGAUAAACUAGAUCAUUUGUAUCUUGUUGCUCUGGGAAGCUAAAAAUUCAGUUUUUCUUUUAAUAUUUAACAAGCAGUCAGGGAUUUUGUCUUAUUUUAGGUUUGACAUUUUUUGAAAUGACGUUCUUUUUUCUUAGAUGUGCAGAAAUAUUCAGUUUAAACUUUACAAGGUGUGUGGGAUUGUCUGAUCAUUGUAUUUUGUAAUGACUUGUAAAUGUCUAUUUUUGACAUGCUGAUUGUAUUGAAACUUGUCCAAUCAAUGUUAAUUCAGUCAUUGCUGACAGUUUUUAUUUAAUCAACAUGUUAGAAGAUCUUCAUAGAAAAUAGAUGCAAUAGAACGCACAUUCAGAAUACGUCCUGAUGUAAAUCUGCAGUAAUUUAUCUAUAAAGAUAUAUAACUGUAAAGUAUUUUUACACAAAUAAAGUUUGUUUCAAUCUAAAA